GUGCGGAAUGUCCAAGGAAAAAGAGUUAAAGCGGACGACGCGGUGUCGCUGCUUCGCUGUUCUUGGCGUCGAUAUUCUGGUUGAUUCCAAGCUAAAACCCUGGCUGUUGGAAAUCAAUCAUCUGCCAAGCUUCGCGACUGAAUCAGAUCUCGACUACAGCAUAAAAAGCCGUACUUGAGGAUGUUCUUCUGUUUUUAUUUUUCACACGGUUGAUUAUAACAUGAAAAGAUGUCUGAUCAGAUAGUACGACGUCUGUGAUCAUGCAAAGACACAAAGAACUGAAACUUCUUGAUCAUGAGGUUGUUGAGUACUCGUGUGAACCGACUGAACCUGAAUUCACAACAGAGCUUUAUCAUUCGCGGUGUAUUAUUAUAAUGAAUAGCGCGAAUUAAUUUCAAUUUUUCCACCCAUUUCCAGGUUUGAUAUCGCAGACGCUUGAUUUGAUUCCGAUAGUGCCGAUGGCGCAGGGCAAAAAACUUUUUGGGACCGAGGAUUUCGAUGGUCUAUGGGCAGACCGCAAGCGGCAAGGCGAUGAAAGAUUGAACGAGUUUGAAAAAAUCUAUCCAAUAGCCGAACAUUAAGGCAACCAAAACCAAUUAUAGUAGAGUAUCCUAACCUCACUCCAACUCCAAGCCCAACUCCAAGAAUAUCCUUGACUGUUUUCCUGUAAGUAAGUAAGUAAAAGUAAGUAAGUAAGUAAGUAAGUACUUGACAAGAAGGCUAGCUUUCCGAGGAGGUAGCUUUAAGAACAGUUCGAUCCUAGCGCAGAAUCUCCCGUUCGUCCCUGUUGCCCGUCAACACUUCUCGGAGGUGCUUCUCCUGCUCCAGUGGUCUUCAGUAGCCCUGCCAACGGUGGCCUUCAGCGUGAAGAAGCUCAAGCAGAAUCAUCCAUACCACUGAUGAAGUCGAAUGA